ACAUGUCAGAGCAGUGAAGGUGUGAGGCCUGGCUGUGAGAGAGCUGCAGACUUCAUCUUGUAAAGUAACAGCAUUCCUCUGCUGAUUUAGUGUAUGCUGCCAGCUGCAGUCUGACCCUGUGAGAGAGCUGUGGAGAAGAAUGCAGACAAAGUAAAUGACUGGCAGACCUUGGAGUUUUCUUUCAGCCUGUGCAGAUGAAUCCUGUUUAGUGGGCCUCGCAUCCCCGGAACCUCCUUCACCACUUCAGCAUAUCUCCAUGGUGGAACAGAUUUCCUCUUCGCACGCCUCAUCUUGCUCAAGAAAACCAACAGAAAGUUCUUCUUGAAGUCUGGGCACUGGAACAAAGAGGCCGGAUCUACUGCAACAAGAACCUUUAAAGGUCCUCUCUUCCUGGAUGACAUCUCCACAACCUCUCUAUAUCUUUUGGGUGGUAGAGAUUUCCUCCUGGAUCUAUCCAUCAGCAAAACUUCCUUCAGGGACACAGAAACUUUCCUCUUGAAGUCUGGAACCAAAAAGAGGCCGGAUACUCUGCUGCAGGACCCUAUAAAGAUCAGGAAACUCAAAAAUUGAUCCUGCAGCCGUUUAAGAACUCUCUCUACUUAUUGGAAGCUAACCUCAGAGGUUGCUGUUAAAGUUAUCUACAAAAGCAAUAUGGGUCCAUCUAGUCUGCAGCAGCUUCCCCUUGAGGUUACAAUCCUUAAAAUGCUGGAUCACCCGAACAUAGUAAAACUAUAUGAAGUGGUAGACGCCGAAGACAUAUUAUACCUAUGCAUGGAAUAUUUAAGCGGAGGAGAUCUUUUUCAUUACCUUAAAGAUCACGGGCGCAUAGAUGAGGAGAGAGCCCGAGUUUGGUUCCGGCAAAUCGUGUCAGCAGUGCUUCACUGUCAUCAGAAGGGCAUUGCACAUCUGGACUUAAAUACCAUGAAUAUCCUUAUAGACGAAGAUGGAAACAUCAAAGUCGCGGAUUUUGGUGUAAGCACAAUCUUCUCUUCAGAAACUAAAAAUCAUUUUGGGCUACAAAUAGAUAUACAGGGCCUUGGGAGGAUCCUUUAUGAUUUGAUCGGCUUCUCCAAGCCACCUUACGGCGCAGCACAAGUGGCAAUGAGAAAGAUCGGCAUAAACGCCUUUUGUGACUUUGUUCCUGAUUACAUCACUACUGACUGUGAAAAUCUUCUUCGCAAAAUGCUAAUGCCAGACCCCUGCAAGUAUGAGUCAUUGGAGCAGUUAAUCAUGAGCGAUCCCUGGAUAUGUUACGUGGAGCCUGGUUCAUCUACUGAGGGUCCUGAAAUAACAGAUGACUUAUCCCUAGCCCCGAAUAAAGAGCCCAAAUACUCAAGAAAGUGGACUAGACCAGUCUCAUCUGUGUGCGGUGAACUCCAAGAUGACACCAACUGGAGUUCUGAGUCACCAUCUGCAAAAAGGCUGAGACUGGAGUCUAGCGAUGACAUCUUCAUCAUAGCUCAGUCCUCUGGUUCCCCAUUUAUUGAAGAACACCAAGACCCUUCCAAGCCUUCACCCUCUGAUGCAAAAAGAUCAUGCAUCACCAGUGAAGGCCAGCCAAUACCAUCUGGCAAUAAUGGAAAGAGGAGCAAAUGGCAAAGUUUUUGGAAUAGGCUUAGGAAUCUUUUUUCUAUGGCAAGUAACGUGCCAUAUGUGGGUGAACUUCAUUUUGCUGUGACAUCUGAUUGGACUUACCGUGUGUGAUCUUUGGCCUGAACUGUUUCUGCUAUUUGGAUCAUGGAAGAAUUGCUACAAUGCUUGGACCAACCUCAGCCUCUUGGGCUGACAAAUUCUUGUGGCAGUUUUACAAUAUUUUAUAAUAAACUUUUAAUUCUAUUAUUA